UAUUUGUCGAAAAUUUCCAAGUGUUUGGGAGGAUUAAUAAAUAAAGCUCACGAGUAAACUUUAUGAAAAUGUAUAUAAAAAUUAUAUCAAAAGACAAACGCAGCCAUUUUGAUUACGUAGCAUUAAUUUCUUGGUUUUAUGACGACACGGAAAUUUUUUGAUAAAGAAAUAAUGUAAUUCAGAGUUUUCACUUUUCAGGAAAUUCCGUCCACUUUGCAAACAAUUUUUCUUUUGUUAUGUAAUUUUUUUAAGACUAAUAAUCUGCAGAUCGCGGUAGAUAGAAAAUGGAGCAUGCUCAGAUACAAACAACUGAUGGAACUCAAGUUGUGACUUUAAAUGGUCAGCAACUACAAGUUUUACAAAUGAACAGUGGUCCACACAUGGUACAGGGCCCCAAUGGUCAACAAAUUGUUGUACACACAGUACCCUCAACUGCUCCUGCUAUACAGGUAGCAGCACCAAAUGGACAACAGAUACAAGGCUUACAAGUGGUGCCAUUAUCUAGUAUUCAAGGUGCUAACGGCAACAUGCAAGCGAUGCAGCUAGUGCAGACACCAGACGGACAGACGUUCCUCUACCAGCCCACGACCACCACACCGCAGCCACAGAUCGAUCAGCACCAGGUUAUACAUCAACCGGCAGUGAUAAAUUUAAAUGGAAACUUAGUGCAAGUGGCCAAUGCAGUUCAACCGCAGCAAAUAAUAAAUCAACCCAAUAUUGUGAUGAUGGUGAACAACAGCGGCAGCGGCGCGGGCGCGGCGGAGGCGGCGGGCGGCGAGGACGAGGAGCCGCUGCUGUACGUGAACGCGCGCCAGUACAAGCGCAUCCUCAAGCGCCGCGCCGCGCGCGCCAAGCUGCACGAGCAGGGGCGCAUUCCCAAGGAGCGGCCGAAAUACCUGCAUGAGUCGAGGCACAGGCACGCAAUGAACAGGAUACGAGGUGAAGGGGGACGGUUCAACUCUGGCAGUCGGAGAAGUAUGGAGACACAGGCCGGGCAAAUGUCGCCAGAAGAUCAAGGGAGGCAACAUCUGGAUGACAUCAAACCUGACACGGUAUCCAUUACCAUCAUUCAGAAUGAGGAGCUCCAAGAGAACCAGUCGAACCAAUGGAGGAGGCUCGCACCACAACCCAUGCAGUCCACGUAGCAUAUAGAGGUCGAAUAUAUCGACAAUUCCAGCUAGAGACUGCCAGUUACAGUGUUUUAGUGUUAAAAGAGACACUAACUUGCGUGAAAACAUUAUUAAAAUGUGUGAAGAACUCAAAUGUGGAAAAACCAUUUACAAAUGUUGUGUGUUCGUGCGAAUGUGAGCGAUCGACGUUAGUGUUGAGUGUUGAGAAAACAUUCGUAAAAUGUACGAAUGUUCGCGCUCAUGCAGGGAUAGAAACAUUAGCAAAUGUGAGUCGCUAUACUUGCGUGGAAAGAUUUGUAAAAUGUACGAAUGUUCGCGCUCCUGAAGUGUAAAAAACAUUUGCAAAUGUUGUGAGUCACUAACAUGCGUGAAAACAUUCGUGAAAUGUACGAAUGUUUGCAUAUUCGUGCGAAGUGACCAGCGUUAGUGUUAAGUUUUAAUGCUAAGUGUUAUUGUGUUUGUGUGAAAGUGUACAUAUAAUGUGAACAUUGUUAUAUUACUGGUGAACAAUAAGUGUAUGUAAGUUAGCUGUUAAUGCAAUUCAAUUUGUUUGAGGCUGUGAAUAUGUUGGCAUCACCUAGUUUUCUGUUCUGAUAUAUAAAAAUUAAGGGUCAGUUUCACUUGCUGGUUUUGUUCCUGAUGUUUGAUAAAUUUUGACAUAAAUUAUUAUACAUUAUUUGUCAAUAUAUCUGAUUGAUAAACAUUAAACAUAUCAAAAAAAAUGUGUGAGUGUUAGUGUACAUAAGAAAUGAAACUU